GCAACCCUCAACCACUCGAGAUACUUUCCUACCUAGACUAACCGAGUAUCAUUUACCAACCUUUCUUUCAACCUUUUGCCUCUUGGUCAAAUUACUUUCAAAUCUAAACAUAAUCAGAGGUUUCUUACAUUUUUGCAGCUCUACAUCGAUUUAACAGAGACGUAAGGAUCUCUUCUCUAAAAUGAAGGCUGUGUUCCUCGUACUCGCUAUACUGGGUAACCUAUUGGUCCCCGAUUAUUCCUGUGCUCCUGUUAAAUCCGAGGCAUUCGUUGAAGAAAUCGACAGAGUUGUCAACAAUGUGGAAUUUGAUAAAGAGCGGUUACGUGGAGCAUAUGAAAGUGUAAAAGAUCGACCUGAUAGGAAUUGCUACAGUUCGCCUUGUGGCUGGAAUGAAUAUGACGUCGAAACGCGUCAAGCUAAGUUUUUCGUGCCCAAUACUUGCAGAUGUCCAGACAGUACGUACAAAUGCGUACGUACUGGAGAAACACUAUCCAUCAGGUCGUAUGUAUAUCAUUGUAAGCAAAAUACAACGAAAGAUGACAUUGAAGAAGAAGAUUUGGCAUAUUUUCAUUAAGAAAGAUCCAUUCCAAAUCUGCGAUGGCACUUAUGCAAUUAUUACAUAUUAAAAUAUGCAAAAUAUAUUCAAAAUAAGAAUUUAUUAUUAUCAUA